AUGAGAGACGUUGUGAUCCCUUAUGAAGACUUCACGGUUCGCCCAAAUUAUCCAUACAGUAACCUGAGCUCCCGCGAUGAGCAUUUGUUCGAACCAGCUUCAAUAAUUACACAACUUUUCAACCCUGCUGGGCCAGGACCAGUGUGUGUUAUUCGGAAUCCCAAAAUGACAUGGAUGGACGCCAACAGACCUGAAUACCUCGUCAGCGACUUUGGACCGAUUGGUCUAUUCAACUUAUUUCGAUAA